AUGUAUGGGGAUUUGCUUCUUGCCCUAUCAGGACAUCCUGGAAGUAUAUUCGUCAGAGAUAGUGGUGGUGAAUUUCAUAUAAGUGAAGACACUCCUUGUUUAGCUCCACAUGAGGCUGCUCUCUUGAACCGUAUUUUGAAAAUAGCAAAAUAUUACUACAACAUCUUGGGGUUUACUAAUGUUCACAGAAACACUAUUAAAAUUCGCAGAACAAAAGAUCCACCUAAUGCAGGCCAGUACACUGCAGCCUUGUGCGUUGGUUUGGAAAAAGGCCUGAAGGGAUACAGAGAUACACUUAUAACCCUUGAUGCCCUCGUUCGUGAAAAUCCAAAUGUCCCCUUGUCACUACUUCAAUUUCAUUUGGACAAGUUUCAAAAUUUGUUUCCAAUCCUUGCCAAUAUCAUUGAUGAAAUCAGAACAAACGAGCACAUGAAAGGAUGUAAAAUUCUAGAGCUGUUGCAUGAACAAAGUGCUUGUGGAAUACCGUUUGUCAAAGAUCUAUUGUCUGAUUUAUUACAGAGUUGUCACAGUGUUUUUUACCAGCAGCUAUCAGCAUGGGUGUUACAUGGCCAAGUCAAAGAUUUCUUUGGAGAGUUUUUCAUUAGAGAUGUUCCAAGUACUGAUGCUGACGGAGUCCCAUAUGAAAAUGAAGGAGGCCUUUUUGCAAAACAUGAAAUGAAUAUUGACAUGGUACCACACUAUAUCAAUCCAAGAGUUAUUCAAGUCAUUCACUUCAUUGGCUCGUCUGUACAUAUUUUUGGAGCAAAGAAACAUUCAUCCAAUCCCCUCCAAAAGGAAGAUGAGGAUCAUUUUGUUGAGCUUUUGGAGAGUCUUCAGAGAAAAGACAAAUUCUGCUCAAUUGAAUUUGAAAGAGUGAUUGAGAUAAUGAGAGAAAAGGUGGCACAGCACUUAUAUUCAUUGAUGAUGAAUGAAGGGAAAUUACUUGAAACUCUUGAACUGUUUAAAGAUUUCUUUUUACUUGGUCGUGGAGAACUUUUCCUAGCAUUCAUUGAUAGUGCUGACAACAUGAUGCAACAUUCUGUUUCUAAGAAAAGCAGUGACAGUGAUAUAAACAGGUUGUUCCUUAAAUCCUACACUCAAUUGGGAUUCUCUAAUGAAGAUCAUGUUGAAAAGUUCCGGCUAAAAUUUGCCAGUGGUCUUGCCAAAUCCAAGUCAGCUGAACAAGUUCCAAGUAAAUGGAAUGACUUGACAUUAACAUACGAUGUUCAAUGGCCUCUUCAUGUGCUAUUUACUGCUGAUGUCAUGGCUGAAUACAACAAAAUAUUCAUGUGUCUAUUGAAGCUGAGUCGCUGUCAGAUUGCUUUGCAGACUGCUUGGAGUAUAAGCACCAGAUCUGGUUACAAGUUUGAUGCUGAUCUGUUGAACCUUCGCUCUAAUGUUGCUUAUCUCAUUGACCAGCUUCAGUAUUAUCUCCACGUUGAUGUCCUAGAAACAAAUUACACAGUCUUGCUCACUGAGAUCAAAGAAACUAAAGACUUUGAAGCCAUCAGAAGGGCACAUAAUAAGUUUUUGGGUGAAAUUCAGGCCUGGUCAUUCUUAUCAGAUGAAAGUGAUAAAACAGUCUCUCAAUUGAUUGAUCUGGUCAUCAUUCUUGGAUUUCAAACUGCUGUGAAAUUCACUUCGAUGGCUGAUAGUGAGUCUAAAGGAGCAUCUGUGAAGAAACUUUCAAGCAAUUAUGAACAUGUUGUUCUGAUUAUGGUGGCUCUUCUUGAAUCCAGUGCUGCACGUCAACACAAUUCUCUGAUGAACCAGUUGUUGCUAAGAGUUGAUUACAAUGGAUUCUUCUCAAACAAGAGGAACCAAAAGAAAGAGAGGUUAAGAAAGGCUGCUCUUUCGAGCAAAGUGGUUAAUCAGCCUCCAUCCUGACAAGUGACAAUUGUUGUACCUGCAAUUUGUUUGAAUACAGUAAAUUAAACAGUAAGUACUCAGUACUGAUAAAUCUCAUAGUUUGUUGCCUUACUAUACAAACUUAAUUGUAGCUUUGCAUUGUUGUAUUUAUGUAUUUCUCAAUUGCAUGAUUUGAGCCCUUCUGCUCUUUUAAAGCUGACACUUUUUUAGAAGCAUGGGUAUUUGCAUAAAUAAUAAACUUACCAUAUCAUUAAAUGGUACUAAAAAGUACCUGGUAUUUGAUUAUUUAUAAACCAAUUUUUAUACUCACAAUAGUAAUGCAAUCAGCAAUGUUAAGGUUUUGGUAUUUGUUUUCUUUUGCAAAUUUGUACAGUUAUUUUAUCACUUAAAUAUUUUACUGUGUUUCACAUCUUUGAGUCAAAAUUCUAUAAUGACUGAAUAUAAUAAUAUUGCCUUGA